AGCCGCCGUCGCUGCCUUCUGGUUGAAGCACUAUGGAGGGAGAGAGGAAGAACAACAAUAAACGGUGGUAUUUUACUCGAGAACAGCUGGAAAAUAGCCCAUCCCGUCGUUUUGGCCUGGACCCAGAUAAAGAACUUUCUUAUCGCCAGCAGGCGGCCAAUCUACUCCAGGACAUGGGCCAACGUCUUAACGUCUCACAAUUGACUAUCAACACUGCUAUAGUGUACAUGCAUCGAUUCUACAUGAUUCAGUCCUUUACACAGUUCCAUCGAAAUUCUGUGGCUCCAGCAGCCUUAUUUUUAGCAGCCAAAGUAGAGGAGCAGCCCAAAAAAUUGGAACACGUCAUCAAGGUAGCACAUGCUUGUCUUCAUCCGCAGGAAUCACUUCCUGAUACUAGGAGUGAGGCUUACCUGCAACAAGUUCAAGAUCUGGUGAUAUUAGAAAGCAUAAUUCUGCAGACUUUAGGCUUUGAACUAACAAUUGAUCACCCACACACACAUGUGGUAAAGUGCACUCAACUUGUUCGAGCAAGCAAGGAUUUAGCGCAGACUUCUUACUUCAUGGCAACCAACAGCCUGCAUUUGACCACAUUUAGCCUGCAGUACACACCUCCUGUGGUGGCCUGUGUCUGCAUUCAUCUGGCUUGCAAGUGGUCCAACUGGGAGAUCCCAGUCUCAACUGAUGGGAAGCACUGGUGGGAGUAUGUUGACGCCACUGUGACCUUGGAACUUUUAGAUGAACUGACACACGAAUUUCUACAGAUUCUGGAGAAAACCCCCAACAGGCUCAAACGAAUUCGGAAUUGGAGGGCAUGCCAGGCUGCCGAGAAAAGAAAAGCAGAUGACCGAGGAGCAGAUGAAAAUACUUCGGAGCAGACAAUCCUUAAUAUGAUUUCCCAGAGCUCUUCAGAUACAACUAUUGCAGGUUUAAUGAGCAUGUCCGCUUCUUCUACCACAAGUGCAGUGCCUUCCCUUCCAGCCACUGAAGAGUCAACCAGCAGCUUAAGCAGUGUGGAGAUGUUGCCAAGUGAGCGUUGGCUGUCCUCCCACCCUCCUUUUAAGGUAGAACCUGCUCAGAGUCAUCGGACUAGUGAGAAUUUAGCACUUAUCGGAGUUGAUCAUUCCUUGCAACAGGAUGGUGCAAAUGCAUUUGUUUCCCAGAAGCAGAACAGUAAGAGCGUGCCAUCAGCUAAAGUAUCACUGAAGGAAUACCGUGCAAAGCAUGCAGAAGAGUUGGCUGCCCAGAAGAGGCAACUGGAGAACAUGGAGGCCAAUGUGAAGUCACAGUAUGCAUAUGCUGCCCAGAAUCUCCUGUCUCACCAUGAUAGCCAUCCUUCGGUCAUUCUGAAAAUGCCCAUAGAGGGCUCGGAAAACCCUGAGCGGCCUUUUCUGGAAAAGACUGACAAAACAGCUCUCAAGAUGAGAAUCCCAGUGACAAGUGGAGAUAAAGCUGCCUCUUCAAAACCAGAGGAGAUAAAAAUGCGCAUUAAAGUUCACAGUGCAGCCGACAAGCACAAUUCUGUGGAUGACAGCGCCAUGAAGAGCCGCGAGCACAAAGAAAAGCACAAGACUCACCCGUCGAAUCAUCAUCAUCAUCAUAAUCACCACUCACACAAACACGCCCACUCGCAGCUCCCAGCUGGCGCUGGGAACAAACGUCCAGGGGAUCCAAAACAUAGCAGCCAGACAAGCGCCUUAGCGCACAAACCCUAUAGCUUGUCUAGCUCUUUUUCCUCUUCCAGUUCUUCUCGUAAAAGGCCCUUCCCUGAAGAGACUGGAGGGGCAGUGUUUGAUCAUUCAGCCAAGACUGCCAAGAGUACUAAAUCCUCUUCCAUAAAUUUCUCCUUCCCUCCUCUUCCUACAAUGGCCCAGUUGCCUGGGCAUAGCUCAGACACAAGUGGCCUUACUUUCUCACAGCCUAGCUGUAAAACUCGAGUUCCUCACAUGAAAUUGGAUAAAGGCUCCACGGGGGCCAAUGGUCACAAUGCAACCCAGACCAUAGACUAUCAAGAUACUGUGAAUAUGCUUCACUCCCUUCUCAAUGCCCAGGGUGUUCAGCCCACUCAGCCCCCUGCGUUUGAAUAUGUCCAUUCAUAUGGGGAAUAUCUGAAUCCACGGGCUGGUGGAAUGUCCUCCAGAUCUGGCAAUACAGACAAACCCCGGCUACCACCUCUACCAUCAGAACCUCCUCCACCACUUCCACCCCUUCCCAAGUGAAAAA